AUGUCUGAGGAGAAAGCAAGCAGUCCCGCCGGGAAGAUGGGAGGUGAAGAGAAGCCGGUAGGUGCCGGUGAGGAGAAGCGAAAAGAAGGAGGCAAGAAGAAGAAUAAAGAAGGUUCUGGGCAUGGAGGUCGAGCAGAGUUGAAUCCUUGGCCUGAAUACAUUAACACACGGCUUGAGAUGUAUAAUAAACUAAAAGCAGAACAUGAUUCCAUUCUGGCAGAAAAAGCAGAGAAAGAUAGCAAGCCAAUUAAAGUCACUCUCCCUGAUGGUAAACAAGUUGAUGCAGAAUCUUGGAAGACGACCCCAUACAAUAUUGCUUGUGGAAUUAGUCAGGGUCUGGCUGACAACACUGUUAUUGCUAAAGUAAACCAAGCUGUUUGGGACCUAGACCGUCCUCUAGAAGAAGAUUGUACCUUGGAGCUACUCAAGUUUGAAGAUGAGGAAGCUCAAGCGUGUGAUCAGAAGUGGAAUCAAAGAGGUUGUACUUUCUUCCCCUUCAGAGGCGUGUCCAGCAAUGAUUUUUCUUCUUUGGAGACUUUAUGUAAGAAAAUCAUUAAAGAAAAACAAGCUUUUGAAAGAUUGGAAGUCAAGAAAGAAACUUUACUGGAAAUGUUUAAGUACAACAAAUUCAAAUGCCGAAUAUUGAAUGAAAAAGUAAAUACUCCAACUACCACGGUCUAUAGGUGCGGCCCUUUGAUAGAUCUCUGCCGAGGUCCUCAUGUCAGACACACUGGCAAAAUUAAGACUUUGAAAAUACACAAAAAUUCCUCCACAUACUGGGAAGGCAAAGCAGAUAUGGAAAGUCUCCAGAGAAUUUAUGGUAUUUCAUUCCCAGACCCUAAAAUGCUCAAGGAGUGGGAGAAGUUCCAAGAGGAAGCGAAAAACCGAGAUCACAGGAAAAUUGGGAGGGACCAAGAAUUGUAUUUCUUCCAUGAACUGAGCCCUGGAAGUUGCUUUUUCCUGCCAAAGGGAGCUUACAUUUAUAACACACUUAUUGACUUUAUCAGGAGUGAAUAUAGGAAGCGAGGAUUCCAGGAGGUGGUGACCCCGAACAUCUACAACAGCCGACUCUGGAUGACCUCGGGUCACUGGCAGCACUACAGUGAGAACAUGUUCUCCUUUGAGGUGGAGAAGGAGCUGUUUGCUCUGAAGCCCAUGAACUGCCCAGGACAUUGUCUUAUGUUUGACCAUCGGCCCCGGUCAUGGAGAGAGCUGCCUCUGCGGGUCGCGGACUUUGGGGUGCUGCACAGGAACGAGCUGUCCGGGGCGUUCACCGGCCUCACCCGAGUGCGGAGGUUCCAGCAGGACGAUGCUCACAUCUUCUGCGCCAUGGAGCAGAUUGAAGAGGAAAUCAAAGGUUGUUUGGAUUUUCUGCGUACUGUCUAUAGUGUAUUUGGAUUUUCUUUUAAACUGAACCUUUCUACUCGGCCCGAAAAGUUCCUUGGCGAUAUUGAGAUAUGGAAUCAAGCUGAGAAACAACUGGAAAACAGCCUAAAUGAAUUUGGUGAAAAGUGGGAGUUAAACCCUGGAGAUGGAGCUUUCUAUGGUCCAAAGAUCGACAUCCAGAUUAAAGAUGCGAUUGGUCGCUACCAUCAGUGUGCAACCAUCCAGCUGGAUUUCCAGUUACCCAUCCGAUUCAACCUUACCUUUGUAAGCCAUGAUGGUGAUGAUAAGAAAAGGCCAGUGAUUGUUCAUCGAGCCAUAUUGGGGUCUGUGGAAAGAAUGAUUGCUAUUCUCACUGAAAACUAUGGAGGCAAAUGGCCCUUCUGGCUGUCUCCUCGCCAGGUAAUGGUAGUGCCUGUGGGACCCACAUGUGAUGAAUACGCUCAGAAGGUACGGCAACAAUUCCAUGAUGCCAAGUUCAUGGCAGAUAUUGACCUGGAUCCAGGCUGUACUUUGAAUAAGAAGAUCAGAAACGCACAGUUGGCACAGUACAACUUCAUUCUGGUUGUUGGUGAAAAAGAGAAGGCGAGCGGCACCGUGAACAUCCGCACCCGAGUUAACAAGGUCCAUGGAGAGCGCAGCGUUUCUGAAACCAUCGAGCGUCUGCAGCAGCUCAAGCAGGCACACAGCAAACAGGCAGAGGAGGAGUUCUAA